AUGAUUGCGAUGCCUCUGCAUAUAAUCUCAAUCACAGAUAACAAUCUUCUUUUCACCUCGCCUUCCAUGGAAGAUAUCGAGGGCCAGCUUCGUGUAGUCAAGCAAGAUGAUCUCGAGAGCAAGAUCACCAGCCAAGCUAAUAAAGCCUUACUUGAAAAAGAUGCAGAAUUAGAAGAAAAGAGACUUGAAAAGACAUCUCAAAAUCUUACUAAAACGUUAAAGAAGAUCAAAGUCAUCGAGUCUCGACUAGAAGAUCCACGUACAAAGCUAUCGCAACGCAAGCAACUCCGGGAUGAGCUCGAAUGGUUCACAAAGAACGAACUAGAUCCGUUGAACCGGGAUCUUCAAGACAUCAAGGCUCGUUUGGAACAGAUCAAACAGCAGCAAAAGAAGCCUACAAAUCCUCAGGAUGACGGUAAGGGUGUGGAACGCUUGGAAAAUGAGACUGAACGUGAGUUUUUGACCAGGACGGGAAAAAUCACAGCUUUUGGAAAUCAAAGUGGGUUCCAAGAAGUGGAUGAAAAUGAACAAAAGAGUCAUAUAUUUCUUCGUGCACCAGGAUUUGCUCCUUCUGACCCUUCCAGGAAGGAAGCCAAGGUCGAGGAGGACGUGGUGGAAAACUUAAGGGGGUUUGAGGCUACUGGUGAUGAUGUUACACAACCUAAAAGUAACGAAAGCGAAGAUGAAUAUACCCCAGAUGCUGCUGAGUUGGAUUUGGACGAAGAGGAGAGUAUGGAACAUGACUCAGAAGACGACGAAGUGCGAGAUAUUCGAAAUAUGGACGACGGAGACGAGCAAUUCUACCAGAAAAGACUUGCUGAAUGGUGUAAAAAACGUUCAUCUUUAAGAAAAGAUUUAGCCAAAACUACCACUGAAGAAUGGCAUAUGCCUCAUCCUACCGUUAGUGAUGCAGUUCUCAACUCGCAAUUUCGUCUUCCUGGCGACAUAUACCCGUCAUUAUUCCAGUACCAACGGACUUGUGUUCAAUGGCUCUGGGAGCUCUAUCUGCAAAAAACCGGCGGGAUUAUUGGCGAUGAAAUGGGGUUGGGAAAAACCAUUCAGGUUGUCUCUUUCAUUGCUGGGCUUCAUUAUUCGGGGCUUCUAGACAAACCAGUCAUUGUAGUGGUUCCUGCUACGGUUAUGAUGCAAUGGGUCAACGAAUUUCAUACUUGGUGGCCUCCGCUUCGGUGUGCUAUUUUGCAUAGCAUAGGGUCAGGAAUGUCUAAAAGUGCACUUACAUCGGAAGAAAAGAUCGAAAAUAUGAUGGCUAAUGACGACUUUGAUUUGAAUGAGGACAAAUUUCUCGCCCAGCAAAAGGGACUUUCCAAUGCUAAAAACAUAGUUGACAGAGUAGUGUCCAAAGGACAUGUCCUAAUUACAACCUACGUUGGUUUGCGGGUCUACUCGAAAUAUAUCCUUCCUCAUCAGUGGGGAUACGCAGUUUUGGACGAGGGCCAUAAAAUCAGAAACCCCAAUUCGCAUAUCACAUUGACCUGCAAGCAACUCAAAACACAUAAUAGAAUCAUUUUAUCAGGUACUCCGAUACAAAAUAACCUUAUUGAGCUUUGGUCCCUUUUUGACUUUGUCUUUCCAGGAAGACUAGGCACUUUACCUGUGUUUGAGCAGCAAUUUUCCAUCCCGAUAAAUAUGGGAGGAUACGCCAAUGCUUCCAAUGUUCAGGUGCAAACAGGUUACAAGUGUGCCGUGGUUUUGCGAGACCUAAUUUCUCCAUAUCUUCUUCGACGGCUCAAAAGUGAUGUGGCUCAAGACUUGCCCAAAAAAGAAGAAAUGGUCUUGUUUGUCAAGUUGACCCAGUACCAGCAGGAUAUGUAUGAAAAGUUUCUCAGCAGCGAAGAUUUGCACGCAAUUUUGAAGGGAAAACGGAACAUGUUAACAGGAGUAGAUACCUUGCGGAAAAUUUGCAACCAUCCAGAUCUCGUUGAUCGCGAACUUUUGCUUCGGAAAAAAGGUUACAACUAUGGAAUUCCAAACAAGUCGGGCAAAAUGCUUGUUCUCAAGGGCCUUUUACAGCUCUGGCAAAGCCAGGGACACAGAACUUUACUUUUCUGUCAAACAAAGCAAAUGCUAGAUAUUUUGGAGAAAUUGCUAGUUAACCUUACAAGAAUUUCUGAUGGAACAGAGUAUUUCAACUACAUGAGAAUGGACGGAUCUACCCCAAUUUCCAAAAGACAGGGACUCGUUGACAUGUUCAAUAAUAAUACCAAUUACGAUGUGUUCUUGUUGACCACAAAAGUGGGCGGGUUGGGAGUUAAUUUAACUGGAGCUGACCGUGUGAUCAUCUACGAUCCAGACUGGAACCCUUCUACAGAUAUUCAAGCAAGAGAGAGAGCAUGGAGACUUGGUCAAAAACGAGAUAUUGUCAUUUAUAGACUCAUGACAGCAGGUACCAUUGAGGAGAAAAUCUACCAUCGGCAAAUCUUCAAGACUUUUUUGACCAACAAGAUUCUUAAAGAUCCGAAACAACGACGGUUUUUUAAGGUCAAUGAUUUGCAUGAUUUGUUCACGCUAGGCGAUCCAGAAGAAAAAGGAACAGAAACCGGUGAUAUGUUUAACGGAUCAGAAAUCAACUAUAGUGGUUCGAGGGAAAGAAAACCCACAAAUUUGAAGAAUACCAACAAGAAUGAUGAUGAUUUUUACAGUGUUGCAAAACUUAAUGGUGUCUCCAAAUUGGACAAAUUUCAAGGCGGCGAUGAAGACGAAGAUGCUCGCCCAGACGAGGACCGCAUUAUGGAAGGUCUUUUUUCCAACGACAACAUCCACAGUACUGUGAAACAUGAUAGUAUUAUCGAUUCUUCGAACCAAGAAAUUUCCAUCAUAGAAAAAGAAGCCAACAAAUUGGCGGCAGAAGCGGCCGAGGCACUCAAAAAUUCCCGGAAACAGACUCGCAAGAACACUAUAGGAACACCCACGUGGACUGGAAAGUUUGGACUCGCUGGUCGGUUUGGAGUACAGAAGCCGAAACGAACAAAUGUAGCACCAUUCAGAAUUCCUCGAAAAUCAGAAAACUCCGAACUUUCGUCGAGCUCUGUUUUGAGUGAUCUUCGAAGAAACAAGAAGGCUACGAGAGAAGCAGUAUUUUCCAAGAAACCGGAAAAGCUGCAAAAUAAUUCUGUCGAUAAGCUGCAACUCAUGCUGCAAGUGGUUGAUUAUUUGCAGUCACAAAAAAACCAUUUUAGUACGUCUGCCGGUAUACUCCAGGGACUCAAAAUCCAGGAAACGAACGACCAGGAAGUGAUUCUUUUGCGCUCACUUUUAAAAGAAGCAGCUACUUGGGAUCGAGAAAAUAAAGGUUGGAUAUUAAAAUCGGAAUAUGUUAAUAAUGAUGCUGCAUGA